CUCCAAGUGAGGUGACGAAAAUGUUGAAAAGGCAAUUAAUGGAAACAUUAUAUGCUCGUUUAAAGUAUAUAGGAUUUGUGGAAAUUCAAAAUAUAGACGACAUUGAAAAAGGACCACCAUUGCUUGCUCUAUGUGUAAAUGCAAGUAGAAUGAAAACUGAUGCAAGCAAUGCAAUAAAAGGAGUAAGAGAAUUAAAGAAUACGGUGCUUGUCAUCUUCCAUCAUGUUGAACAUCAUGCUGACAUGUCCUGGCAAAGCUCUCAGUCCUUGAGUGGUCAACAGUUUAGUAGAUUAGCAGGAAAAUAUGAUAUGGCCUUCCUUAAAGAAAAAGGUUUCUAUCCAUGUGAUAUGAACACUAAAACUGAAGACAGUAUUGUGGCUUUUCUUACAAAGCAAUAUCCUAAACCUGAAAAGGGUAAACUUUCUUCAAUGUUUUAAACAACACUAUUAUGUUAAUCGUUCUUUAAAAUAUUGUAUUUAUCUAUUGAACAAGUGUACAGAAUGAAUUUGCUAUUUUCAUAAAAUUGCACUGAUCGACUUUAAUAUUUAGAUGUACCUGUUGGUAAAAGACAUUUCAUAAAGACAAAGAUCAUACAAAGAAUAUCAUUUUAUUUGUAAAGAAUCAUUAAGCAGAACUUGCACAGAACAAACAGUAUAACGUGCUGCGUGUAAUGCAUAUAGAAUACGUUAGUAAUCUGACGGAAAGCAAGCAUUAGAAUAGCAAGGGAAAGCAAUAAAAUUAACACAUAAGGUAGUUCCUAAAUUACUUGUUUUAAAUAAUUGUAAUUGCAUGUACUAAUUUCAACUAACAUGAACAGUAUUUUGAUGAUAAAUAUCUAGAAAAAAGUAAUCACCUGGAAGCAAGCAUCAAAAUCAACAAAAUUUCAUGAAAAUUGCAGACUCGGUUAUAAGGGAUAGUAAAACAGUUUAACAUUUAAAGCUGCAUGCCUCCAGAUGAGUAAAAUAUUUCAAUAAAAUCAAAUUUGAAAAAUAUGUACUGAUAUUUUUGAAAAAGUAAAAUAAUUCAAGAUUCCAGUAAUAUUUUACAUGUUAUGUGCAAUAAAUGACUGAUUUUUCAGUAUUUACAACUAUAUUUCUACUGCGUUACUAACGCAGUAAGGGCUAUUUAUGCAUAUUUUUACCACUUUUUUGUUUUCAGUGCCAUUGAAAAUGAGUAAAAUGCUUCUUUUUGGUUAUUUCACAAUAUUGUACAUUCAAAUACAUUAUCAAAAUUUUCAUGAAAAUAAGCAUGAAUCUGGAGGCGUGCUGCUUUAAAUAACGUUUUAUCAGUUGCUUAGAUUUCCAGUAAAAAU